AUUCUGUGUUUAAAAUACUGAAACCUAGAAAAUAAUUGUGCAAUAUUUGUGGCCACAGAUGAUGUCAGUGUCCCGUUUUCGUUAUAGGAGAAUAGCCGUGGAAAGUAGAAUCUAGGACCAGGGUUUCUGCCAGAGGAUAAAAUUGGUUGGUUCAAGUUUUAAGUCACAGAAUAGUUUGCUGAUAUGUCAAAGGCAACAAAACGGAAGCAUGUAACCAGAGAAGUUCUCAAUGAAUUUGUCACACCACAAGGAAACCAAGAGAUUGUCAAAGUGACUGCUAGUCGUGGAAACAAUCUGCAUGAAGUUGAAACUGCUGAACAAAAGAAAUAUCUUGUUUCUAUGCCAACUAAGUUCAGAAAAAAUGUUUGGAUAAAAAGAGGUGAUUUUGUGAUAGUGGAACCUAUUAAAGAAGGCGACAGAGUGAAAGCAGAGAUAGUCAGUAUCCUGUACAAGGAUCAGAUCAAAUAUAUCCGGAAUGAAGGCUUGUGCGAAUGGUUUCCGGUAUAGGUUACGACAUUCUAUAUUGCUGAUCAGGAACAGAACUCUUGUCCUCGACUAAUUACGUCUUAAUCCCUUGGUAUCUUAUUGCCAAUGUAUGUAAUGUGUGUCAAGGGUCGUUUUGCCUCCUACGGUGCAAUAAACAGUAAAUGAGAUGUACAGAAAAUGAAGUUCGUGCUCUUGGUCGUGUUAGCCACAUACGUGGACAUGGUAAGGAUUUGUUAACGACAUUACAUAGUGUUA